AUGUCUGCUGUUAAAACUAUUAAAAAAAAAGAUAUAACUAUAAGGGAUAUCUUUUAUUUGCCCUUCAAGUUCUAUACCACGGUGGGCAUAAAACUAUUCCAUUGGGAUGAAUACGAUAUAAUGACCAACUGGCAAAAGUUUAUAAUGGCAGUGACCCUCAUAAAUUUAGCCACCAGCUUCUCCUGUAAAGUCAGUUAUAUAAUCGUGGAUGAAUUCGAGAGUACUGUACAUUUGACCGAGUGGUCCUUGUACAUGUCAUUCGCAACGAAUGGUUUCUUUAAAACACUUUCUGUGGUCUGGGGACGUAAAACUUUGGAUCGCGUCUUAAAGACUUUGGAGAAAUUAUUUCCUCGAAGCGAUAAAGAAAUUCGAGAUUUUAAAUUGGCUCAGGGUUACAAAUAUAUUCAGUAUCACUCGAGAAUCAUGGUUUACAGUCACUGGACCAUUGCUUUAAUGUUCAUGAGUUUUCCCAUAGUGCAGUCGGGUGUGGAGUAUAUACAGCGUAGAGUAUUCGUUCAGAGGCUGCCCUAUAUUUUGUCUUAUCCGUUCGAUACCUCUUCUGAUUUGGUGUAUAUGUGCGCUUAUGCUACACAAUUUAUGGGUGGUUUUACGCUGUCCUGCUAUUUUUUGGGCUCCGAUACUUUGUUGCUGCACACUGUUUAUAUGGUGGUUUUGAAUUUUGAAUAUUUAUGUUUUCGCAUUGUAAACUUUGAACCCAAGGACUAUGAACAGGAUAUGAAUGAAUUGAAGGAUGUGUUGGAAAAGCAUUAUCUAUUGAAUGAUUUGGCCCAAAGCGUUAACAACGUUUUCAGUUUAUCCAUUCUGUUGAACUACAUGAUCUCCAUUAUGGUUAUUGUGCUGAUUGGCGUGCAGAUUAUAACCGGUUCCGAGUUGUUUGAUUUCAUAAAAUUUAUUGGCUUUUUCGCCUCUGCCACCAUACAGGUGUAUUAUGUUUGUCUAAUGAGCACUUUACUCAUGGAACGUAGUGCCCAGGUGGGGGAGUCUUUAAUGGGCCAGAAGUGGUAUAAUACAGAUGUCCGUUAUCAGCGCAUGUUGACAUUGGCCAUUGCUCGUUCCCAGAGGCCUGCCCAUUUGACCGCUUUUAAAUUCUUUAUGAUUUCCAUGGAGAGUUUUUCCAAUCUAAUGACAACGGCAUAUCAGUUUUUCACUUUACUCCAAUCUCGCAUGGAGGAGGAAGGAUUCUAA